AUGCGUACCGUGGCAUGUAUUGGGGCCGGCUUUGUUGGCGGCCCGCUGGGCGUCGUGAUAGCAUACAAGUGUCCGGAUAUCCGCGUGGUGGUGGCUGACAGGAAUGAGAGCCGAAUCCGAGCAUGGGCAGAAGGGACGCCCUCUUUCUACGAACCUGGUAUGAAUGAGAUGCUAUCAACGGUACAGGACCGCGAGGAGCCCCAACGAAACCUGGAAUUUGUGACUGUAGUAGAAGCCGCCAUCGAACAAGCGGAAUUGAUCUUCAUAUGUGUCGAUACUCCCACCAAGUCUUUCGGAGCCGGUCGAGGGUGUGCGGCGGACCUGACGAACAUUCAGGGCGUCGCUCGUACCAUCGCCCAGGUGGCUAGGGGGCCGAAGAUUAUCGUGGAGAAAUCCACCAUCCCAUGCGGCACUGGAGAGAUGCUUCAUGAUCUGUUGAGCAAUUGUGGCACCACAGAGGCCGAGUUUGAGAUUCUCUCCAAUCCCGAGUUCCUGUCUGAGGGAUCUGCCAUCGAGAACCUGCUGAGACCCAGUCGCGUGCUGAUUGGGUCUGCGCAGAGUGUGUCCGGCAAGCAAGCGGCAAAUCUCCUAGCGGCGCUUUAUGAGAUCUGGAUUCCCCGAUCCUCGAUCCUGCACAUGGAUCGAUGGUCGUCGGAAUUGGCCAAGCUUGCCGCCAACGCGAUGCUCGCCCAGCGGAUCAGUAGCAUCAACUCCCUCAGCGCCAUUUGCGAGGCGGUCGGUGCUAAUGUCGAUUCCGUGUCGGCAGCUUGCGGUCUUGAUCCACGCAUUGGACCACACAUGCUGCGCGGGGGUAUUGGCUGGGGAGGAGGAUGUUUCCAAAAGGAUAUUCUCGAUUUGGUGUACAUCGCGCGUAGCCUGCAUCUGCAUGACGUCGCCGAGUACUGGGAGUCUGUGAUUAGCAUAAAUGACUGGCAGCAGGGUCGGUUCGUGCAUCGUAUUGUUGCUUGUAUGCAUGGGAGCAUUUCGGGGCGCCGACUGGCUGUGUUAGGCUUCUCAUUCAAGGAAAACACCUCCGAUACAAAGAACUCCCCGGCCAUUGCCGUCGCCCGAGGCCUUCUCGAGGAAGGAGCCAAGGUGUCGAUCUAUGAUCCGCAGGCUCCAUCGGACGAGAUCGCAUUGGCAGUGGGGGAGAUCGGGGACAGUGCGCAGCUUCGGAUCUGGCAGUCCCCCUAUGAGGCAUGCGAUCUGGCAGACGCCAUUGUGUUGGUAACUGGAUGGGACCAAUUUCGAACUCCUUGCAACGAAUUGGAUCUCAAGACAGCUUCCUUGGAUUGGCCGCGCGUUGUCAACGCCAUGCAGCGACCAAAGUACGUUUUCGAUGGCCGAAACCUGCUGGACGGAUCGUUCCUGACGCAGCUGGGCUGUCGUGUAACUUGGAGCUGGGAGUUGGAUUCAUGUUUUAAGAGCCAAGCAGAGCAAGCAGAGCAAGCAGAGCAAGCAGAGCAAGCAGAGCAAGCAGAGCAAGUAGAGUCCCUGCACCAGUUGCCCCAGACAAGAGUCGACCAGGUUCUGUGUGUUGACCACCAAGCCAUUUCUUACCCAGGGACGUCAUUCCCUGCGUUUCCCUCUUUCUUCCUCACCUUCGUCUCUAUCCUAUUCAUGGAUUCAUUCGAGAAGCCAGUCCUUGUCACAGGAGUGAGCUCCGCCUACUCCCCGGAUACUCAGCUCAUCUUGACACUACUUAACUUGUUCUCGCUAGGCUGCUGGCUUCCUGGGCUCGAACAUGGUCGACCACCUGCUCCAACAAGCCACAACAUCCAGAACCCUCUACCCGUCCUACCACGCCUCCAGAGCAUCUACCACCUCGCCUGCCCCGCUAGCCCGCCCCAGUACCAGAAGGACCCAGUCGACACCCUCGACACUGCAUACCAAGGUACAAGGAAUCUCCUCGUCCUAGCACAGCAGCAGGGCUGCCGCAUCCUGCUCACCAGCACCUCCGAGGUCUAUGGGUCGCCGCAGGUUCACCCGCAACCCGAAUCCUACUGGGGGCACGUUAACCCGUAUGGGCCUCGAGCCUGCUACGACGAGGGCAAACGGGCGGCCGAGGCUUUGGCGUGGGCGUUCCGGCAGGCGCCGCGGAGCGUGGAUGUGCGAAUUGCGCGCAUUUUCAACACGUAUGGGCCUCGUCUUGCAGCGGGGGAUGGGCGCGUGGUCUCUAAUUUUGUGGCUGCUGCGUUGUCUGGCAAGGCUUUUGUUAUUACCGGCGAUGGAUCGGCUACGCGCUCGUUCCAGUAUGUUGAUGAUUGUAUCCGUGGGCUGGUCGCCCUGAUGGAGGUCGAGGCCACUGCUGUCCCUGGACCUGUAAAUAUCGGCAAUGACGCCGAGGUGUCCCUGACGGAGCUGGCGGGGGUUGUGCGUCGUGUUGUGAAUGAGAUCAGAGGUUUGCAGGGACCGCCGGUCAUAGAAUACCGGCCAUUGCCGAUUGAUGAUCCCCCGAGGAGACGGCCGGAUAUCACGCUUGCGAAGGACACGCUUGGAUGGGCACCGGUCGUUUCGCUGGAGGAGGGGCUGCAGAAUACGGUACAGUGGUGGUUGAGUGGAGGCUUUAGAGGGCCGUAG